UCUAUCAGCAUUUAUCACUGACCUUGCCGGCAGAGGAGCCGAUUGCUCCAACAUUAUGUUUCGUUCGACUGUCGUGGUCCGUGGCAUUUUGCGACAGUCAGCAGUCGGGAGAUUGCGCACAUUACCGAUAAGAUGUAUAUGUACAAAACUCGCACACCAGCACUUUGCCAGGUCCACUACAUUGAAAUCUGUAGGUCAUCGAAGCACCUUGAGGUCAUGGCAGUCCCGUCGUCUCUACAGUUCAGAUCUGCCAGACUGUUACAAGAUAGUGUUGCCUGCCCUGUCCCCCACCAUGGAGACUGGGACCAUCAUCAACUGGCAGAAGAAGGAGGGGGACAAGGUGUCUGAUGGGGACCUCCUGGCUGAGAUCGAGACUGACAAGGCCACGAUGGGAUUCGAGUCAGUUGAGGAGGGUUACCUUGCAAAGAUCCUUAUCCCUGCUGGCUCAAAAGAUGUGCCUAUUGGGAAGUUGGUGUGUAUCAUUGUGAAUGAAGAAUCUGAUGUAGCAGCAUUCAAAGACUACACCCCCCAGCCUGGCGAUGACCAGCCUACAGGAGGAGCCAAGGCUGCCCCACCCCCAGCAGCUGCAGCUCCACCAGCACCUACACCUGUGGCAGCAGCCCCUCCACCUCCAGUAGCUCCUGCCCCUGUAGCUGCUGCUGCCGCCCCAGCAGCCGUCCCUAGCCCGGGGGGUAGAGUAUUUGCAAGCCCUUAUGCCAAGACGCUAGCAGCCGAGAAGGGGGUGAAUCUUGGUAUGGUCAGUGGUAGUGGCCCAGAGGGUCAGGUCCGAGCCCAGGAUGUGGUGUCCUUCACUCCAAGUGCUGCACCCUUGGCGGUCCCAGCAGUUCCCGGGGCUACCUUUACAGACAUCCCACUCUCCAAUGUCAGACAGGUUAUUGCAAAGAGAUUGACCCAAUCGAAGCAGACCAUCCCUCACUACUAUCUCACAAUAGAUGUCAAUGUUGACCGAGUGCUCAGUUUACGCAGAGAUUUCAACGAAUCUCUUGCGAAGCAGAAUGUGAAACUGUCCGUGAAUGACUUUAUCAUCAAAGCUUCAGCUCUUGCUUGUCAGAAGGUUCCUGAGGCCAACUCUUCAUGGCAAGACACUUUCAUUAGGCAAUACAAUUCGGUUGAUGUGAACAUAGCAGUAGCAACAGACAAUGGCUUGAUAACACCAAUAGUGUUUAGAGCUGAUGUCAAGGGUUUAUCACAGAUUUGUCAGGAUGUGGCCGUAUUAGCAGCUAAGGCGAGGGAGGGACGGCUUCAGCCACAGGAGUUUCAGGGCGGUACUUUCACAAUAUCAAACUUAGGCAUGUUCGGCAUUAAACACUUUUCUGCUGUCAUCAACCCUCCACAGGCUUGUAUAUUAGCUGUUGGUGGAGCUGACAAAAGAUUGAUUGUGGAUGAAAACUCAGACAUGGGGUACCGAUCAGCAAACAUGAUGUCUGUGACUUUAAGCUGUGACCAUCGUGUCGUAGACGGAGCUGUGGGAGCACAGUGGUUGGCGGAGUUUCGGAAGCUGCUGGAACGCCCGGAGAACAUGCUGUUAUAGCACAACACAGACGUAGAGAUCUGAACAAAUUGUCUAAGUGCUAAAUCGAAGAGAAACCAGCUGGCUCAAAAAGUGGUUGGAUGCUUUACCUUGAGAUCAGUGCAUUUAAUAACAGGGAAUACCAGUUAGGCAGUAGAAAAUGUUAGUUUAUUUAUUUUUAAUCAUUAGCAGGACCACAUUCUGGGUAAAAUUGUGAUGCCAUGUACAGUAGCAACUGUUUGCCUAACUGAGAGAGUUGAGAUUACACAUGUACAGUAGCAACUGUUUGCCUAACUGAGAGAGUUGAGGUUACACAUGACAAGGGUUAUGACACCCAGUGACUUAAAGACUCACAGAUAAUACUACAGAUCUGUGGUCAUUAUAUAACUCAGCUUGACUAAUUCGGUACACCAGUAAGCUGUGAUGGCUGUGUAUGUCACUGGGAUUAAUGCAAGAAUGUAUUAGAAUGUAUUAAGAAUGUAUUAGACCUCACUGUCGGCAUCCACCACUAUCUGGAGCCUGCUGUGGUUGUCCGAGAUGUUUUCGUUACUGAGGUAUAGAUACAAUGGAUGGAGCACUCCACUGGGGUAGAGGUACGCCUUGUUAAUGUUGUUUGUUAUUGCUUUAUGUCCUCUAUAUGCUUGUUACUAACAACCUGUUUGAAUCUGGUGUAUACAAUAUGAUUUCCCGGACUAUUUUGCUGCAUAUAAAAGUCUGAAGGAAAUUAUGCAACUUUUUGUGGGCUUUCUUUCUUCUUUCCCAGUGAUUUGUCGUACAGUUAUGUGCCAAGUAUGGAUAGACAUCUUUAUUUUCAUGGUCUUGCUGACCUAAGAAAUCUACAUUGUCCCAGUGAAGCUUCAAUACUCGACGCAACAGGGCGGCACCAGUUCGCAGAUAACAUUGUAUACUGAGACUACUUUUGAUAGCAAUCCUGAUGUACCCCUCUCGUGUGAAGUAUUGCUUUCAUUGUCUACAUCCUACUAAUAGUUAAAGUAAACUACGUAUUACUGAUACUAUCUACAAUAAUGUCAACCAGUCUCAUUAAAAUCAGAUCUUUGUGGUUAAAGUGUUAGCUCGUCACGCCGAAGACCCAGGUUCGAUUCCCUACAUGGGUGCUAUGUGUGAAGCCCAUUUCUGGUGUCCCCGACGUGAUACUGCUGGAAUAUUGCUAAAAGUGGCAUAAAACCAUACUCACUCACUCACUAAAGAUGUGGGCCUCAUCGUUACUACCAAGGUCUCCGUAACUCUCAGACAUGGACCGCGAUUCCCUACAUAGUUACACUGUGUGAAGCCCAUUUCUGGUGUCCCCUGCAGUGAUAUCGCAAAGGGAUGAAGGAAGAGUAAACCAUAAUCAUAUCACUUAUCUUUCUUUUGAAGGGGAUUGAAUUUAAUUUAAUGAGACUGUAUUGACAUCCCUCUCUAUAUGUAAACGACUUACCAUCAAAGCUUGAAUACUCAGAAAAGUGCAUUUAAGAGUUAUGCAUGAAUUAUAGCCUGUGUCUUACCUGGCAGCACGAAAGCCGACAUGUGGCUGCUGUUGCAGGUGCUUGUUUCUGUUGUAGUCUGGAAUGGCUGUAGUUAUAUAGCAUAGCAUGUUGGGCUGAAUCCAGGAGUGCUCCAUGAUGUAGGAUACAGGUGUUGAGUGAUGUAUCUGGACAGUCUGGUGGGAUCUCACACUGACAACUACAGUACACUGGGUUAUGUAACAUGAUGUGAGAUUUAAUUAUGUGUACAUUUAAAUCAGAAUUAAAAUGUUUUAAGUAUU